AUGCCCUUUGUGUCAAGAACCUCGGAUAGGUAUGCGUUGAUUCGCUUUUGUUACAAUCUCUAUCAUGAGGUUUUUUCUAUAUUUUGUUAUUUUACCCAUACUAAAAAAAUAUCAACUUUACCUCCUCCUUUGCAUUUGCUGCUUUUGUUAUUGCCACCAAAACAAAGCCGUGGGUUAAAUGGGACACUCGAUUCUUUGUCUUUCCUUACGUCUGUUUGCUCUCUGAAAAUUUAUAAACAAAAGGUGUGA